AUGGCAGCACAGAAAGAACCUGUGACGAUCAUCAGCCUUCGGAAACUGAGCCAGGCAGCCCCAGAACCACAGCAGAAAGAGACCAAGACAUUCACCGUGGAGGAUGCGGUGGAGACCAUCGGCUUCGGGCGUUUCCACAUUGCACUCUUCCUAAUCAUGGGCAGCACCGGGGUUGUGGAGGCCAUGGAGAUCAUGUUAAUAGCAGUUGUGUCCCCUGUUAUCCGCUGUGAAUGGCGGCUGGAGAACUGGCAGGUGGCGUUUGUCACCACGAUGGUGUUUUUUGGCUACAUGGUAUCCAGCAUCCUCUUUGGUCUCCUGGCUGACAGAUAUGGCCGCUGGAAGAUUUUGCUGCUCUCAUUCCUGUGGGGAGCCUACUUCUCCUUACUGACCUCUUUCUCCCCUUCCUACAUCUGGUUUGUCUUUCUGCGGACGAUGGUAGGCUGUGGAGUGUCUGGCCAUGCACAAGGGUUAAUCAUAAAGACUGAAUUUUUGCCCACAAAAUACCGAGGCUACAUGCUACCCUUGUCUCAGGUUUUCUGGCUUGCUGGCUCGCUGCUCAUCAUCAGCAUGGCCUCUGUGGUCAUCCCCACCAUUGGGUGGCGCUGGCUCAUCCGAAUCGCCUCCAUUCCUGGCAUCAUCCUCAUCAUGGCCUUCAAGUUUAUCCCUGAAUCAGCUCGCUUCAACGUCUCCACUGGGAACACGCAGGCUGCACUGGACACCCUGGAGAGCAUUGCCAAGAUGAACCGCUCAGUCAUGCCAGAGGGACAGCUGGUGGAGCCCAUCCUGGAGAAAAGAGGAAGAUUUGCAGAUCUUCUGGAUUCUAAAUACCUUCGGACUACAUUACAGAUCUGGGUCAUAUGGCUGGGAAUUUCCUUUGCCUAUUAUGGGGUUAUCCUGGCCAGUGCUGAGUUGCUGGAACGAGAUCUGGUCUGCGGUUCAAAGUCAGAGUCAGAACCAGAGGUGGUGGAGACCACAGGGGACUCAGCGGAGGGUCUCAGUCCCUGCUACUGCCACAUGUUUGCACCCUCUGACUACAGGACCAUGAUCAUCAGCACCCUCGGGGAAAUCGCUUUGAACCCUUUAAAUAUCCUGGGCAUCAAUUUCCUGGGCCGACGCCUGAGCCUGUCCAUCACCAUGGGCUGCACGGCUUUGUUUUUCCUUCUCCUCAACAUCUGCACGUCAAGUGCUGGCCUCAUUGGCUUCCUGUUCAUGCUGAGAGCCCUGGUGGCAGCAAAUUUCAACACCAUCUACAUUUAUACUGCUGAGGUCUACCCAACCCCGAUGCGCGCUCUGGGGAUGGGAACCAGCGGCUCCCUGUGCCGCAUUGGAGCGAUGGUAGCUCCGUUUAUAUCCCAGGUUCUAAUGAGUGCCUCCUUCCUGGGAGCCCUAUGUCUUUUCUCAUCUGUCUGUGUUGUGUGCGCCAUUUCUGCAUUUACUCUUCCCAUUGAGACGAAAGGACGUGCUUUGCAGCAAAUUAAAUGA